UAAUUCCGCAAAAUUAAUUUCAGCGCACAUUUUUUUUCCGCGUUUGAACAAUAAAAACCUUGGCAGGUGUGCAAGGUUGACGCGGAAAAUUUGUUCAGUAGCAACAUUGAAUUUAAUACCAAAUUAAAAUAAAGUUUAACACUUUUAACAAUUUAAAUAUAACACCCUUGACAAUAUUUGCGCUUAUGGAAGGGUAACCCUACUUGUGCUAAAGCCGGAAGAUAAAAUUUCUCGUAUAUAUUUAUCAAAUUUUUCGGAGAUUAUCAUUCGUACUCCUAACAGGGUUUCCUAUAGACUAAACGGGUUUAUUUGGAAAAACUGUUACUGUUUGGAGUUGAGUCACUUUAUCUCUAGAACAACCAAAAAAAAAUUAAAGCACAAUGUUCAGUACCUUAAAGAUUAUAAUAUUUAGUAUUAUGGUGUUCAAUGCAGAAAGUAUAACUAACUUUGCUGAUAUUGAUUGUGGUCAAACUCCUAAUGAAAGAAAAGCAAAGAUAAUUGGAGGAGAACAUGCAAUUGAGUCAGAAUUUCCUUGGUUAGUUUCUAUUACUAGAAGAGGAACACAUUUUUGUGGCGGAACACUUAUUAGCAACAGAUAUGUGAUGACUGCUGCCCACUGUUUAUGCACUGGAAGUGGCAAUGAUCACAUAAGUCCAUCAAGCAUAAAAGUAACUAUUUCUCAACACGAUUUAACUAAUAAAAACUCUAACGCAUUUCAAAUUGGAAUUAAGAGCCUAAAACUUCAUCCAGAAUACAGCUGUAAUAAAGUAAAAAAUGAUAUUGCAAUUUUGGAACUGGAAAAGCUUGUAUCAUGGACUGAAAGUGUUAGCCCAGCCUGUCUUCCUGGUGACAAUUAUGAAAAAGCUUAUUCAAAUUUUCAUAAUGAACUCGCUACAGUAGCUGGAUGGGGAUGGACCAAAGAAGAAAGAGGAGGCGGUGGAAGAGCAACCAUCUUACAAAAAGCCAAGGUUCAAGUUAUUGAGACUGAGAAGUGUAGAACUUGGUAUAAAUCUCAAGGAAAAAAGACCAAAAUUACCGAGUCUCAAAUUUGUGCUGGACAUGAGCAAGGAGGUGUAGAUGCUUGCUGGGCUGACAGUGGCGGGCCACUUAUGGUCCACAACGAUUCAAAAAAUCAAAUGAUGGUAGUGGGGGUUGUUUCAACGGGUAUUGGAUGUGGUAGACCAUAUCUUCCAGGAAUUUACACUAGAGUUUCUGAAUUUAUUCCCUGGAUCAAAGCAAUUUUAGAAGAAUAAAAUAAAUUUUUAGAUUAAAAUAAAAAAUUAGAGUCGAAGACUGAAAAACUAUGUAGACGUCCAAAGAAAAAUAAAAUAUGAAGUAAUUAUAUUAAUUAUUUAUGUUAAAUAAUAAGACAUUAAUUUCAAUUGAUGCUUUAUGUAUUUAUUUUAGUAUCAGAUAUGCCAUUUGUCAGCGUUUGUAAAGAAUAUAAAAUGUUAAGGAAUAUUCAAUAAAAUUUAUUUUAUUUA